AUGAAGACGAUCAUAGGAAGAGUGGUUUUACUAAAGAAAAAUGUGUUGGAUAUCAUCGACUUGAGUGCAUCGGUUCUCGAUCGACUUCAUGAGCUUGUGGGGAAAAACGUCACUCUGCAACUUAUCAGUUCUCAUGCUUUUGAUACUCAAUCCCCAGAAAGGAACUUGAAAGGGAAGGUAGGGAAGCCAGCGAGGUUGGAAGAUUGGAUUACCACUAUUACCCCUCUCACAGAAGGAGAAUCCACGUAUAAAGUAACAUUUGAAUGGGAUGAAGAUACAGAAGUGCCAGGGGCAUUUCUUGUCCAGAAUCAUCACCACAGUGAAUUUUACCUCAAAACACUCACACUUGAAGAUGUUCCUGGACAUGGACAUGUACAUUUUGUCUGUAACUCGUGGGUUUACCCUACAAAACGCUACAAAAAAGAUCGUAUUUUCUUCACCAAUAAGGCAUAUCUUCCUUUCGAGACACCUGAAUUUCUACGUUCAUAUAGAGAUGAAGAGUUGGAAAUCUUGCGAGGGGAUGGAACUGGGAUGCUUGAAGAAUGGGAUAGGGUUUACGACUAUGCUUUCUAUAACGACUUGGGAAAUCCCGAUAAAGACCCUGAUGAUGCACGCCCAGUUCUUGGAGGAUCUUCAGAGUACCCAUAUCCUCGUAGGGGUAGAACAGGAAGACCACCCACCAAAUCAGAUCCUAAUACUGAGAGUAGGCUUCCACUUCUUAUGAGCUUAAACAUAUAUGUGCCAAGAGACGAAAGAUUUGGACACUUGAAGUUGUCUGAUUUUCUUGCUUAUGGUCUAAAAUCCAUCGUUCAGUUCCUCCUCCCGGAGUUUCAAGCUCUAUGUGAUACCACCCAUGAUGAAUUUGACUCGUUUGAAGAUAUCUACAAGCUUUAUGAAGGAGGAUUCAAGCUUCCUGGAGGUCCUUUACUUGAUCGUAUUCGAGAAAACAUCCCCUUAGAAUUGCUGAAAAUAGUUCUUGAAACAGAUAGUGAUGGAAUUGCAAAAUUUCCGAAACCACAAGUCAUUAAAGAGGACAAGUCAGCUUGGAGGACAGAUGAAGAAUUUGCAAGAGAAAUGCUGGCUGGAGUCAAUCCUGUUAAAAUCUGCCUUUUAAAAGAGUUUCCUCCAACAAGCAAGCUGGAUGUCCAAAUUUAUGGAAAUCAAAAUAGUUCGAUAAAACCACACCACAUCGAGAAAAACCUAAAUGGGUUAAAAGUAGAUGAGGUUUUGAAAGCAAAUAGGUUAUUCAUAUUGGAUCAUCAUGACUCAUUGAUGCCAUACUUGAGGCGAAUAAACGCAACCACGAACAAGAUUUAUGCAUCAAGAACUUUGCUCCUGCUACAAAAUGAUGGAACUUUAAAACCAUUAGUAAUCGAGUUAAGCUUACCACAUCCUGAUGGAGAUAAUCUUGGUGCCAUUAGCAAUGUUUACACCCCUGCUGAAAAUGGAGUGGAAGGCUCCAUCUGGAAGUUGGCGAAAGCAUAUGUAGCAGUUAACGAUUCUGGAAUUCAUCAACUCAUCAGCCACUGGUUGCAUACCCAUGCAGUUGUUGAGCCAUUUGUGAUUGCUGCAAAUAGGCAACUUAGCGUACUCCACCCUGUUUAUAAACUUCUAUACCCUCAUUUUCGUGAUACCAUGAAUAUCAAUGCAUUCGCUAGGCAGAUAUUGAUCAACGGUGGAGGCAUCCUUGAAUUAACUGUAUUUCCAGGGAAAUAUUCUAUGGAAUUGUCUUCGGUGUUGUAUAAGGAUUGGGUUUUUCCUGAACAAGCACUUCCAGUGGAUCUUGUCAAGAGGGGAAUGGCGAUUGAGGACUCAGAUUCUCAUCAUGGACUUCGUCUACUAAUCGAUGAUUAUCCAUAUGCGGUUGAUGGACUUGAGAUUUGGUCCGCUAUCAAAUCUUGGGUUGAGGAUUACUGUAAAUUCUACUACAAGAACGAUGAUAUGAUUCAAAAUGACACAGAGCUUCAAUCAUGGUGGAAGGAACUACGAGAAGAGGGACACGGUGACAAGAAACACGAGCCAUGGUGGCCUAAAAUGGAGACUUGUCAUGACUUGAUAGAUGUUUGCACUACAUUCAUAUGGGUGGCUUCUGCUCUUCAUGCAUCUGUAAAUUAUGGGCAAUACCCUUAUGCUGGUUUUCUCCCUAAUCGUCCAACUCUAAGUCGUAGGUUUAUGCCAGAACCAAAUACUCCUGAGUACGAUGAACUUAAAGAGAAUCCUGAUAAUGUUUUCUUGAAAACCAUUACUCCCCAAUUACAAACGCUUCUUGGGAUUGCGCUGAUAGAGUUAUUGUCAAGGCAUUCGUCGGAUGAGGUUUACCUUGGACAAAGAGAGUGUCCUGAGUGGACAAUGGAUGCAGAACCUUUGAAGGCAUUUGAGAAAUUUGGGAAGAAGCUGAAAGAUAUCGAGGAAAAGAUUGUGAAAAUGAACAAUGAUGAAAAGUUGAAGAACAGGAUUGGACCAGUUAACGUACCAUACACCCUACUAUACCCAACGAGCGAAGAGGGACUUACUGGGAAGGGAAUUCCUAAUAUUGAAGAAAAAGUCAGCAAGCAACUCCAACAUUGGCAAUGUGCUGCCAGAAUGCAACUUUUCUGA